CUGGGUAAAUUAAACAAUGGCCAGCCGCUCGGCCGUACGGAGGCGAGAGACAGCGUGUGGAUGCCAAAUUAUCCGUCAACUGACUUAUAAAGAAGCCAUGCCGGCCCCCCUUGAGACUCGAGAAGACGAACCUUGACAACAAGAAAACAUGGUUUCCUUCACCUCCCUCCUCGCCGGCGUCGCCGCCAUCUCCGGAGUCUUGGCCGCUCCCGCUGCUGAGGUCGAGUCCGUGGACGUUGAAAAGCGCCAGACGAUUGGUCCCGGCACGGGCUUCAACAACGGCUACUUCUACUCGUACUGGAACGACGGCCACGGCGGCGUGACGUACACCAAUGGCCCCGGCGGCCAGUUCUCCGUCAACUGGUCCAACUCGGGCAACUUUGUCGGCGGCAAGGGAUGGCAGCCCGGCACCAAGAACAAGGUCAUCAACUUCUCGGGCACCUACAACCCCAACGGCAACAGCUACCUCUCCGUGUACGGCUGGUCGCGCAACCCCCUGAUCGAGUACUACAUCGUCGAGAACUUUGGCACCUACAACCCGUCCACCGGCGCCACCAAGCUGGGCGAGGUGACGUCGGACGGCAGCGUCUACGACAUCUACCGCACGCAGCGCGUCAACCAGCCGUCCAUCGAGGGCACCUCCACCUUUUACCAGUACUGGUCCGUCCGCCGCACCCACCGCUCCAGCGGCUCCGUCAACACGGCUAACCACUUCAACGCGUGGGCCUCGCACGGCCUGACGCUGGGCACCAUGGAUUACCAGAUUGUCGCCGUGGAGGGCUACUUUAGCUCUGGCUCUGCUUCUAUUACCGUCAGCUAAAGGG